UUAAUGUUUUCGAGUGAGUUCGCGUUGGUCUGAUAGGAUUUCCGGCAGAAUUUGGGUGGGUCUGUCUGCGCGCUGUUCCGGGACAAAAUCUUGCGUGUGCAGUGCUUUUGAUUGGCUUUCCCCUGUUUUACCACUUCGGAUUCUUUCUUGAUUGUGCUGUGGGGGUCGAUAAAGUCGGUUGCUUUAUCGGUUUCUGUUCCUGCCUCUGUGUACCUUUGGAUGCUUUAGAGUCGGGGGGUUUUUGGGUUCGCUCUAAAUAAUUGAGGGUAGGGCUUGUACUGCAUCCGAAUUGCGAUUGUCCGUGGACUUAGGGUUUAGUGGAAUUCUUGGUUUCACCGAUCCCGAGGAUGUAGUAGCUGCGUGAACUCUUUUGUCUUCUAGCUUCGGGUCGUGCUUAUUUCAGCUCGGAGACCGUUUCGGUCAGAGGGUUGAACUUGAUUGCGGGGUUGGUGCUUGGUUUGGAGUUUCUGGGAUUUGGGGCCAGUUACAGGGCAAGUCUUAAGUGCGCUGAUUUCAAGUUUGAUUUUUUUGUUUUGUUUGCUUCUUUUGCCAGAGCAACGGUUCUAGCUUUCGGUCUCAAGUUUCUUUCUUCAAGUCAGCGUUGAAGUAGUUCUUCGUCAGGUUUCGUUGCUCGGUCUAGGAUGGACUCGCCUCAGUCUGUUGUUUCGGCAUAUAAGAGUUCUGUUGUUGAGGUCGAGAAACAGCAGCCGGACUUCUUUGUCCUGAACUCUGGCUGUUUCACCAAGGGCAUUGAUGCCAACAGGAAGGAAGCUGCUGGUGGUAACUUGGAGAGCUUCGUCGGCUCCCUCGAGGUGUUCGUGCAUCGGGCGAGGGACAUCCAUAACAUCUGCAUAUACCACAAGCAAGAUGUUUAUGCUAAGGUUUGCUUGACCAGCGAUCCUGAGCUUGCUGUGUCUACCAAAACCAUUAAUGGCGGUGGCCAAAAUCCAGUCUUCAACGAUAAUCUUCGGCUCAAUGUACGGACACUGGAGUGUUCCCUCAAGUGUGAAAUUUGGAUGCUGAGCAGGGUGAAGAAUUAUCUGGAGGAUCAGUUGCUGGGUUUUGCUCUGGUGCCAUUGUCCGAAGUCAUCCUCAAGAAUGGCCAGUUGGAUAAGGAGUUCUCUCUCUCUUCAACUGAUCUCUUUCAUUCCCCUGCAGGGUUCGUUCAUUUGUCACUCUCUUAUACUGGGGCUUCACCUGAAGUGAUGGCUAUUCCGGCUCCACCCACUGUUUUGUCCACUGAGGCACCUGUCCAAGAAUCACAAGUAGCCGAAUCGGACCCAUGUGAGCUCGAUAAGAUCGAGUUUCCAGACCCAAAUAUUGUCAAUGAGAAUCAAAUGAUGGUUUCCGAGUACUUUGGCAUCUCAUGUGACAGCCUGGACUCUCAGAACUCUGAGAGCUUGGUUGUUUCAGAUGAGAAUGAGCUGAGUUCAGAAUUGGGUGUUCAUGCAGUAGAAAGCAUCUCAACAGCUACGGUUCAGUCGGUCCUGCAUCCAGUCCGUGAUUCGCCCCCAAGCAGUGUCUCAACUAAUGGGGUAUCUUCUCCUUCAGUUCCUGCGAGCUCCCAGUCCUCAGAUGCCCCAGUAGCUUCAAAGUAUCCAAGUCAGGAAGAAAAUUCGAAGCCUUCAAAAGAGCAGCAUGUUUCAACCCCAAAAGAUCAGAGCGUGCACAGCGAUGAUCGUGACAGUGCUUCCUCCGUUGGUGGAUCGAGCGAUUCUUCAGCAAAACCUCUUGUCACAGUAAACAUGGAACCGGAGCAGAAAGUGGUGCAGCAGGAUUUUGUGGACAUGUACAUGAAAAGCAUGCAGCAGUUUACUGAGUCCUUGGCUAAGAUGAAGCUUCCUAUGGACAUUGAGAGUGAGGAAAACAGCCCAGCAAGUUCGACGACUCCUGAUCAGAACCUGCCGUCAUCUAAGAGCAAUGGUUCCCGCGUGUUCUAUGGGAGUAGAGCCUUCUUCUGAGCUAUUGUUCCAGUAAAAGCUGAGAUGGAGUGACACAGGUGACAGACUUUAGAGUGAGGACUGAUGCUGAUAGUGAACUGGAAUAACUCAUGAUUUAGUGUGGCAUUUCCCUUUGUAUGUCAAGAUGAUUUAGGAUGGAGAUCAUGACAUGUACUUUUUUAGCAAACUACUUUGAUGUUGUCAACGAUGUCCAUGUAUAAGAAUCUUUUCUUGUUAACUUUCCUGUCUACUUCCACUAGCUAAUUAUCACCAAA